AUGCGACGCCCGAGCAUCUCUACCUCACGUCGCGGCGCUUCUUCAUCGGCCCCAUACCUUAAACACCGCCGCGACUGGUACAAACACCACCUGCGAAUCAACUACUCGACGCGCACCGCGACCUUCUCCUCAGACCCUCGCGAAGCACGCCACCGGCGAUUGAGCGGCCUCGAAGGCCCCAGCACAUCUGCUCUGUUCCAGCACAGCUUUCCCCAGCCCGAGGAAUUGGAAGACGAGGACCAGGAAGGUGCAAAGGGCCCAGGAGCAAGCGCACCCAAUGGCAAGGCAGCUGCGACCACGAGUACCCCGCCCGCCCUACAAGUGCCCCGGGGGUCAGAGCAGAAGGACCAUGUCCUAGUGGAAGACGAGGGCGACGAGUUCGUCGAUGCACCCUCGGAACCCGAAGAUGAGGGAGACCUGCGCGUCUACACACAUGCUGAGGACGACGGUGGCCAGGACGCCCCGACAAAGCCCAGUCGUUCGAGUACCAAGUCAUUUGUCACUGCAUCUUCAACACCACUCACGGCAGACGUGGAUAAAGCUCGCGAAGAUGCACCGCUACAUGGAGACCGGCGGCAAGCACAGGCAAGUGGCUUACAAGUUUCUCAGGAGCAUCAAGAGACGGGGCCAAAGUCAUUGGGAAAACGCCCAGUUUCGAGUGUAGAAAGUCACAAUAUCCCGGCAUCCCCUGGUGGACAGACUUCAGUAGAUGCGGGAUCAACAUCUUCGUUGAUACGUAAGGCUGACAUGAAUAAGGCACCGGCACCCGCUGAUGUCGACUCGAAAUCACCCGCAAAAGGCAUACUCGCAAGAGUCAAGAGGAGGUCAGAGAAUGCCUUGUCGAAAUCGGACCCACCCAACGACGCAGAAGGCGCCGAUGCUGCUCUCACGCAAAAGAAGUCCAACCUCAGGAACUUGGUCAAAUUCGACAUACCAGAAGACUCGAAGCGCGCCAAGGUGCACCUCGCGGCAAAACAGGCACAGAUGACAAUCUCACGAGCCCCGACUAAACUACGGCGGCAACGCCUGAGAGAUGGCCUUGUCGUCAAAAUGGAGCGAAUGCUUGUUCGCGUUGACGCUGCAGGGGAGGUGCCGGACGACUUCGAUGAGAACGUCAAUCAAAGAGUGAACUCCCGGGUCAAGGACAAAUGGAGAGAGUACAUGAUCGUUUGUCGUCACAACCAUACCGACAAUGCUGACUUUGUCUUACAACUCUAUCAAACAAGAGUCAUUCCCGAAAUUGCGCGACAAGGCGCAGGCAAGAAAGCCGCCUAUGAAGUCCCACUAGGCAGGAAGACGAGCAAAGUCAAUCUUUACUCUUCGCUAGACAAGUCAAUAGUGGUGUCCACUCCCGGCAAGCGCGGAAGCCUGAUCUUCAUUAUGCAGGCACGGACUGCUUCAAAUGCUGUCGAAUGGUACACAUUCCUCCGCAAUGUGAUGGGGUGGCGUCGUGCCUCUGAGUUGCAGAUCAACAUACCAGACAUGAGUCUCAAUGUGCGGAUAGCAGAUCCCUUCAAGAAGCUAGAGGCAUCUCAAAACCAAGUGCAGCAAGUAGAAGACACCGAACAAGCCAUGAUGAAGACCAUGCGGGAAGAACAAGCAGUUGCCUCUGAUCUGAUUCGCAAAUGCCUAGCCGAGCUUGAACAGGCACCUGAGUGGGCGGAUGUUCUGGAUUCAUGGAUCAGGGAUCAACGCGUCGGUCUUGCUUGGAAACGCUACGAUCGGCUGGAAUGGAUCCACGGAGCAAAUGAACGCAAGAUGUACGGCACUAUCGCUAUGCUCAAAUCACACGAACUCGAGCUGCGCCCCAAGUCCCACUAUCCGACAACUGCUGUCACUCGCAAGAAGCACAAGACGCUCAUUGAGCCGGUCCCCGUCGAGGGUUUCCUGAUAAGAUUGACCGGACAACGAGGUCGGGUAAAGAGACUAGGCCUUAUGUACCACAAGCAGCUGUACUUCGCAAGCCACGAUCAGUACUUAGUCUUCUCGCGUCCCACAAAGAUCACUCCGCCACCUCCCCCUAAGCUUCCAGCUUCCAGGGACGCUACUGUGCCCGCAGCUCAGGCAGUUCGCGACGUAAUACCGGAGAGCUGGGCAGUCAACCCGUUCCCAGUCAAAGACGCCCAGAUCGAAUGGCUGUCGCCAGGCCAUUCUGGAACACCAGAAAGUAGACGCUUGCACGACGAGGAUGCGGCAGAUGAGGCUCAGCGCAAAGGACAAAAUCUUCUCAAUUGUGACGGUUACAUCAACUUGGCAGACGUGAUAAAGGUUCGCAAAGCCAAGCUUGGUGCUAGUCCUGCAGACGAGGAUCUUGAAGAAGGCUCUGAUGUCGACUUCGAUGAGGAAGUUGAUGACACGACGAGAGACGACGGUGCGACAAAUGAUAUUGAUCUGGGUCGCACAUUCGAGUUAGUGAUGAAGAACGGCCUCGUCAUACGUUUACAGGCUGCGGAUAAGGCUCGCCGUAAGGACUGGAUCCAGCAUCUUCGCGCCCUAGCAAAAUACUGGAAGCAUCGCACCGCAUCUGACAUUGCUCUUUACAAGGCGACACGCAGUCGCAAUCUUAGUGCACUCAAUAUUGACGAAGAAGCCGAAGCCCACAUUGGUCAGUUUGCACGCAAAUGGGAAGUGACGCAAUCCUUUGCGUCACCCGAGCUCUACAACAUGUGCGGCAUUGCGUGCUGUCGCAGUAUCCAUAUGAGCGGCAUGCUCUACCGUAAGCCCCGCAUUCACGCGCCAUUCACGCGAUGCGGCGUGAUGUUGACUGCAGGUACCUUGCUCAUCUUCCGAGACGUUCUUCGAAGUCGUGUUGGCAAGCAGCUCAAACACAUUCACCACGAGCGCAUUGCCAACCUGGACUUGAAGGACUGCUACAUUUACUCUGGUCUUCUUACAGAAAGCGAUUUGUUGUACCAGAAUCAAACGUUCGAUGCCAACAAGCCUGGCCACCACGCAUUACCCCGCAUAUAUCUGGAAGAUGGUUGGACAUCGACUGACGAGGAUGUAAUGACGACAUUCGUCAUCUGGCACGGCAAAGCAAAGAGCUGGUUUCGUGCCGAGGAAGGUGCUGGUGGCGGAGAACAAGAGCGAAAGGAAGGGAAGAGGACACGGAUCAAGAGGGUGGCAAAGCUUGGUAGCAAAGGCAGAAGUGUGGUAUUCCGAGCACGUAGUAGGGCAGAGCGGGAUCACUGGGUGCUCGCCAUACAGAACGAGAUCGAACGUGCACAAGGCGAUACAGCGGACUUCAGGCUAGAAGAGGCUGCGGAGCCUGCCAAGGUCCUGGACGAUAGUAGUAGCAAUGCCGCACAAGUAAAUGGGAGCGGUUGA